GGGAGUCAAAUCAUCCAGAUCAACCGCUGGGUGUUGGGGACUUAAUCCCCUUCUAUGGCCGCUCAGAACAGGAUUGUAUAAAAGCUUAUCUUCCGGCCUCUGUACAGACCAUUCGGCCGUCACAUGUUUCAAGCCUCCAUGAACAGGGCAAGUACAGACAACUUUCAGAGCCGUGCCCUCGCCCUGUUGUCGGUCUCGGAUAUGGGCACUUUCAAGCAAAAGAACACAUUCAUUUUACGAGACUAUCUCAAGAUAAAGCCGUGGCUCGAAUGGUGGCUUUGUGAUUCCCAUGCUCAGACGUCGUUUCCACCAUUUCGGCAGAUGAAGACGGGUCUACUUCGUGCGAUAAGAAAAUAUAACCUGCUCUGUUCAAUACUAGGUCUCUAGCUUGCAUGAUUCGCAGUGUGGCCCCUUAUUUAGCGAUAACUCUAAUACCACAUCUGCAGGCGAGCUAUCCC